AUGUCUGAUAAUAUAUCAUCUGAAAAGCAUAUAGCAAGAUUUUUCUCAAUUUCAGGAGUGUCUGUAAGGCCAGAAGCAUGCUUGAGCAUACUGCAAACUAUUAAUAAGCUAACUUAUUUCGAGCAUAAGAGAGCAUAUCUUGAUAAUUUCUUGAAGAAGCUAAAAGACAGAUAAAUCAUUGGACUAGGAAUGGAUGCAUAAAACUCCAACACAGCAAAUGGAGUCUUAAUUCUUGAUAAAGAUGCAGCUUUGAGCAUUAUUUAAUCACUGCCUAUAAGCGAUACUGAUAACUUUCUCAAUGACACAUACAAAACCUCUAAUUAAAAGUACGGAAGCUUUAAGUAGAUGAAAUAGAGCAAGCAGCUUUCUAAAUAGGAAAAUGAAGAAAUGAAAGAUGAACAUUAAGCAGAUUAGCAGCCAGCAGUAGUCAAAAGAUACAAUCCACUCCUCUAAGAUAAAGUUUAUAAGAGCUUAAUCGAAUCUGUUGUUAUUUUAGAAGAUUUUACCCAGUUUCCUCAGUUGAUAGUUUAAAAUUCUCAGUUAUUCUAUUCCUUAACACUAAAGAGAACUUUAAGUGAAGUGAAUUUGUCAAGACAAGAUUACCACAAUUAUAGAUUAGCACUUGCUGAGGAAAGAGUUUUCUCGCAUAGCGAUAAAUAUGUUAGACCUAAAUUGGAAGAUAGCAAUAAUUAAAAGAAGCAAAAUCAGAAUGAUGAGUUGACAAAAGUUUAUAACAUUAGUUCCAUAAUUGGUUCUAGCAAGUCAAAAUGGGUGCUUGGAAUUUUGAGUCUUCACGAAGAUAGUGAAUACUACUUAGAAGAUUCUAGACACUCAGUAAAGGUCUCUUUCUCAGAGCUGGUUGAAGCAGACCCCUAAGUAUUUUUCACUGAGAACUGUAUUUUAAUGUGCUGUGGAAUUUAUCAUAAUGAGACCUUCUAUCUUACUCACCUUAAGUAGCCACCUCUUCAUGCAAAUAAAUCUCUAUCUUUCAAGCUAAACGAGAAAGAUUACUUUGGCGGAUAUUCCAAGAAGAAGAUUAUGCUAGCAACUGGAACUGAUUAGAUAACAUCUUCCUCUAUUUCAGGGUUGUCCGAGUCCAUGGCUCAAUCAUUGCCAGGAUCUAAACUUAGAUAAGAAGCUAAAAUAGAAAAGGAUAACUGCAUUGUCAUAUUUUCAUAAGUAGAACUUGACAAUAUUGGAACUUAAAAAUGUUUAAAAGAUCUGUUUGAAGGUUUGGAAUAAUUAAAGCCAGAUAUCAUAAUUUUGGUUGGAGAUUUCAUCUCUUAGAAAAUCUCAGAGAAGCUGUCUUAUGACUAGUUUAAGAACUACUUUGAGUAAAUUGGCACUAUUAUUAGGGAAAACGGAUUGACUUGCUUGAGAGAUUUCACCAAUUGGAUUUAUGUUCCUUCAUCAGAGGAUCUAGGCCAGCCAAAACUUAUGCCCUGUCUAUAAUUCUAAGAAUUCUUCCUAACUACUUUUAAGGGAAAUGGGCCUUAGAGAAUAAAAAAUGUGAUGGUGGGAACCAAUCCAAUGAGGAUAAAUUACUAUGGCAAGGAAAUAGUACUUUGCAGGUAUAACUUCUUUAAAAAACUCAAGAGAAACUAACUACCUAAAAUUUAGAUUGCUCAAGAAAAAACAAAAGCCUCCAAGCCGCCAGAAGAUGAAGAGCAGUAUAAUACUUAAGAUUCAUAUAAAAUAGCAAAGACUUUACUUUAGUAAGGAAACUUAAUUCCCCUGCCAAGUAUUGUUCAACCAGUUAUGUGGUCAUUUGCUGAUGCUCUGCAAUUAGUUCCUCAUCCUGAUUAUCUAAUCCUGUGUGAUGAAAUAUCCGAGUAUCAUCACUAAAUCAAGGUCCCUCAAAACAACAUGAAUUCUAGCAGUCUGGGUGUUUAUAAUGAUGAGGAUGAUAAAGAUAAAGUUAUUCAUGUUAUUAAUCCUGGAAAUUUUGCAAUAAAUAAAAGCUUUGUUACAAUUUAUCCCUCUCUUGGAGAUAUCCAGUAGUGUAGUGCUCCUAAUUGA